GACUCCUUUACGACCGGUCGCAACGUCGACGAGGUGGAAGAGUAUGGCACCAGCGCCUCUAUCGACGCUGCUAGCAUUCUACUCUGCAAUCGCCAAUGGCAGCAGUACAGGAGACUGGCUUCCACCUCCCGUCUGCUCUCACACCUUCAUAACAGACACGCUCGCCUCGCCCGCCCUCUUCCUCCUCGUCGAAUUCCUCAAGGCGGCGAACAACAGCAACGGCCAGCAGCCAACGAGCAUACUCUGGCUAGCGGCCGAUGCGUCCGGUCAGAGCCACCUGUCAGCCGUAGCACGGCGAGCAGGAGUCAAUCUCACUCAGCUUACUGCGAAGGGGCGAUUCACCCUCAUCGACGCGGCUCAAGUCAUCCUCGACGGCGAUUCAGAUGAGGCAGCUCUUCGCUCCCUAUAUAUGCGCGUACAAGGGGCCCUUCCAGCCCAAAAUGCUGAUUCUGAGCUAGGCGCGUCUUCGCAACGCCCUCGCUGCAUCGUCAUCAUCGACGAUGUGAGCUCUCUCCUGUGGAGCGUGGCCUCACAAGGCGACCCAGCCGUCCGCUCUAUCCAUCGCUGGAUCGUCGCGCUUCGCUCGCUUUGCACUCGUCACCAAUCAUCCCUCGUCACGCUCCAGCAUCUGGCUUCCACUUCUCCCUCGGCUGAUGCGGCCUCAACCACCCUCUUUCACCGGCUGCUACGUUGCUCCCACAUUUGGAUCGAGGUGAAGGAGCUGUCCUCCGGCAGAGCGAGGGACUGCUCCGGCGAGAUCAGCGUACACCCACUCGUUGACGUGACGAGCGUACAGCUCGUGAGCCCCGCUGCAGGAGGUUGGGGUAAAGGUGUGCUGUACAACGUUGCUAACGAUGGGUCUGUGGUGAUCUGGGCAAAGGGGACCCAGGGGACAUCGUAGAGCGAGAUCCGGCUUCGCGAGUCAUCUGUAUUUGUAAUAGCAUAGCAUAUAGAAUCGCAAUCGCAUCAUUCAGGCGACUACAACCUUCUUGACUGCCGCUACAAGAUCCCCAUCGGCCUCCUGAAGAGCAGUCUCCGCUUUAUGUCUCGGCAGCAUGAGCUCACGGACGAGGUACUCUACGUCCUCCUUCUUCACUUUCUUGCCCUGAACAGCCUUCUCUCCCGCCAGCUUUGCCUGCUUCUUCCUUGCUUCAUCGGGCAUAUCAACACAAACGGCAUUGAUUGCCUCG